AAAUUUGUGUUUGGCAAUUCUGACAGUUGGAAAAUCCAAAAAAACAAACCGUCAAAUUCUGCCAUAUAUCACCUGCUAAUAUUCGCCUGGUACUGCUCUUUCAAGGAGUGAAUAAAAAAAACAAGAGAAUAAAAACAAAAGAAAAUCGUUGAACCGAAUCUAGUGUCUUCCGUUCAUCGCCAUAUUGUUGGUGGAAAAUAAAAAUAAUCAUCAUGGUUUUUAUAAAUGCGAUGAUGGCGUCCGACCGCUGAUUAUUCCCCCCUCCCCAAAAUGGCAAAUCAUUGAUAAUCUGCAGUGUAAAGUUAUUUCUACAUGAGUUACAUUACCCUAAACCAUUACCGUGACUGUAGGUAAUUGAUUAAAAAACGAGAAUCAAUCAUUUAUCAGUGUUAAACCGAUAUAGAGAGUUAUUAUUAGAUCGAUUUGUCCCAAUAAACUGCCACCGUCAUCGUAUCAAAACACGAGCAUCAGGAGACGAGAAAGAUCUGACAAAUUUUUUUUUAAUACAAAAGGAAAAAGAGUUAUUCAAUUCGUGGCAAGCCUGCCGCUAAAAUCUAGUAAAAUUUAUUUUCAAAAUGGCAGCGACGAGGAGAUUGCAAAAGGAACUGGGGGACCUCAGGGCCUCGUCCAUGAAGAACUUUACAAAUAUACAAGUAGAUGAAUCGAAUAUUCUCAAUUGGCAGGGACUAAUAUUACCAGACAAUCCACCGUACAACAAGGGAGCAUUUCGCAUUGAGAUUAAUUUUCCAGCUGAGUAUCCCUUCAAACCCCCAAGAAUAACAUUUAAAACAAAAAUCUACCAUCCCAAUGUCGAUGAGAAGGGACAAGUGUGUUUACCUAUUAUCACUGCUGAAAACUGGAAGCCAGCAACAAAAACUGAUCAAGUGAUACAAGCAUUAAUUGCAUUAGUCAACGAUCCCGAGCCUGAGCAUCCCCUUCGAGCUGAUUUGGCCGAGGAAUUCCUUAAAGACAGAAAGAAAUACCUUAAAAAUGCUGAGGAAUUUACAAAGAAACAUGCUGAGAAGAGACGAGAGCCAUCUUCUUCCGAAUAACCAUUUUGAUUAGCCGUUUACUCACCACGGAUGCCUACAGUCAGAACGAAAAAAUAUCUGAUUCAUGAGAAUCCAGAGAGAAGUAAUUGGCUCACUGAAAAGAAAAACCAGGCAGAGAUAUAUCCCUUUCCCACACGUGUACAGUAUUGGUUUAUCGUCGAUGAAAAAAAAAAAAACAUAAAAUUAUUUAUAAUACAAGGGAAACUCAUAAAAAAUCACCUAAGAAUUAUGAUCGAUGUAUGAUAAACAAAACUGUAUAAAUACUAUGAUUUAGACAAUAUCUAUUCAGUAGAAUAUUUCUAUAAUCAUUCGUAUUUGUCGUUGAUUAAAAUGGAUAUGUGGAAGAAGCAUUUUCAAUUGGCUCUGAUAUUAUUAUAGGAAAAUGUAUUAAUAUUAAUAACAGUUUUAUAAAAAUAA